AUGAUAAAGCACCCCGUGAAAGCUUUUGGAUGGGCCGCCAGAGAUACGUCUGGGGUUUUUUCUCCUUUCAAGUUCUCAAGAAGAGAAACUGGUGAACACGACGUGGAAUGUAAUAUUGAAAAUUCGCCUACUUAUGCGUUUUUAUACGUGAGGACCAUCACGUAUGGUGGCUACUCAGACAUCAUGGUGGCCGACGAGCAUUUUGUCAUCCGUUGGCCCAAGAAUCUGCCUCUCGACAUUGGGGCCCCACUCCUCUGUGCUGGCAUCACCACUUACAGCCCGUUGAGGCACUUCGGGAUGGACAAGCCGGGCUUGAAUGUUGGCGUCGUGGGCUUGGGUGGGCUCGGCCAUGUGGCCGUCAAAUUCGGAAAGGCGUUUGGGACUAAAGUGACAGUCAUUAGCACAUCAUUGAGCAAGAAAAAGGAGGCCAUUGAGAAUCUUGGCGCGGACGAGUUUUUGGUUAGUCAUGACCCGGACGAAAUGCAGGCUGCAAAAGGCACAUUGGAUGGAAUUAUCGAUACGGUCUCUGUAGAUCAUCCAAUCCCGCCGCUAUUGAGUUUGUUAAAGCCUAACGGGACACUUAUCAUGGUUGGAGUCCCUGCAAAGCCUCUCGAGAUUCCGGUUAUGCCCCUUAUUAUGGGAAGGAAAGGAGUGUUUGGAAGUGCUAUCGGGGGAAUUAAGGAGACGCAAGAAAUGAUUGAUUUUGCGGCCGAGCACAAUAUACUGCCGAAUGUCGAGAUUAUCUCAUGGAUUACAUCAACACUGCUAUGGAACGUCUCCUCAUGUCUGACGUUAAAGCACCCUGUGAAAGCUUUUGGAUGGGCCGCCAGAGAUACGUCUGGGGUUUUCUCUCCUUUCAAGUUCUCAAGAAGAGAAACUGGUGAACAUGACGUGGAGUUCAAAGUUAUGUACUGUGGGGUUUGCCACUCGGAUCUUCAUAUGGCCAAGAAUGAGUGGGGAUACACUCAGUAUCCAAUUGUACCUGGGCAAUGCAACCAAUGUGCAAACGGUCUCGAAAAUUACUGCUCGAAAGCAAUACAAACGUACAGUCAGACUUACGUGGAUGGGACCAUCACGUACGGUGGCUACUCGGACAUCAUGGUGGCCGACGAGCAUUUCGUCAUCCGUUGGCCCGAAAAUCUUCCCCUCGACAUUGGGGCCCCACUCCUCUGUGCCGGCAUCACCACUUACAGCCCGUUGAGGUACUUUGGGCUCGACAAGCCGGGCUUGAAUGUGGGUGUCGUGGGCUUGGGUGGGCUCGGCCAUGUGGCCGUCAAAUUUGCAAAGGCGUUUGGGACUAAAGUGACCGUCAUUAGCACGUCGUUGAGUAAGAAAAAGGAAGCCAUUGAGAAUCUUGGCGCGGACGAGUUUUUGGUUAGCCGUGAUCCGGACCAAAUGAAGGCUGCCGAAGGCACAUUAGAUGGAAUUAUCGAUACUGUCUCGGCAGAUCAUCCAAUCCCGCCAUUAUUGAGUUUGUUAAAGCCUAACGGGACGCUUAUCAUGGUUGGAGCCCCUGCAAAGCCUCUCGAGAUUCCGGUUAUGCCCCUUAUUAUGGGAAGGAAAGGAAUGUUUGGAAGUGCUAUCGGGGGAAUUAAGGAGACGCAAGAAAUGAUUGAUUUUGCGGCCGAGCACAAUAUACUGCCAGAUGUCGAGAUGAUCUCUAUGGAUUACAUCAACACUGCUAUGGAGCGUCUACUUAAGUCUGACGUUAAGUACCGUUUUGUGAUCGACAUUGCAAAAUCUUUGAAACCCGAGUAGUCAUUUGAGAUUCGUAACAAAGUGUGAUUGGAAUUUCGUCGUUGGUAUUUAUUCAGUUGUUGUUUGAGUCAAGAUUCGGUUGGCUGCAUUUGGAAUAAAUAAGACUCAGCGCUACUUUGCUGUUUGUUUUAUACUACUUGUUUCAUUAUGAAUUUUGGAUAUAUUAUGCAGUUCUGUGUCUCAUUAUUAUGUUUGUUUCAUUAUGAAUUUUGGAUAUGUUAUGCAGUUCUGUGUCUCAUUAUUAUGU